UGGUCGCCUUGGAGGCCCCCCCAAAAGGGGCGGAGCUGACAGCGUUACUAAGCGAGGAGGGUAGGCGUCGGGGUGUCCCGUUAAGGAGUUCAGCUGGCACUAACGCUGAGGUAGAUGCGGGACGGACUGCAGCCUGUCAGUUUUCAUUACCCAAGACAACCCCUUUGGAAUGUUCUCCAAGGUGGACAACCCUAUUGGCCAUCGAGGAGCCAGAACUGGAGCCCCAAGGUCUCAAAGGUCACAAGCUCCCCAGGCCACAGCAAGCAACUCCCCUGAGCUGUCCGAAGUGUCCUGGCCAACCGAUUCCGGAACCCCUUCCCCACUCAGCACUGAGGAACAAAGUACCUCUCCGCCACUCGCUGUAAUUGACAGCGGGGACUCCGUGGUAGCCAAGUACAUAAACAGGUUCCGCCAAGCUCAGCCUACAAGCCGAGAGGAACGCCAGCCUGCAGGCCCGACCCCAGCUGACUUUUGGUGGCUGCAGCCCAAGUCGUCAGACAUCAGCAGUCACCUUGCAGCAGGAGCCAGUGAACCCAAAGGAAGAUCCCCAACGACAGGUCCAUCUCUCGCUGGGAUGUGCAGCGCAUCUCUGGCUUCAGCUCCUCUUCAGAAAGUAAAGCAGAGCCUGAACACCUGGAACUCAUCUUUGCUGGACUUGGAGACACUGAGCCUACAAAGCAGAGCGGCCAAGCUCCUGAAGCGCAGCAAGGCCUCCCUCUCCUCCUCCUCCUCCCUCAGUCCCAGUGAUGCCAGCAGCUCCUCCUUCCCCAUCAGCUCCAAUGGCCUCUCUCCCUGCUCUGUGACCUUCAAUCCAGACUCCAACAAGAGGUCUAGUCCCAAAGAAUCUGUGUCGGGAGCAGUCCCAGAACCGUCCCAGGCCCGCAUCCCUGUUCCCCGCACAGCCUCCUCCCAGGCAACCCUUCAGGCCUCACAGGCAACCCUUCAGCCCGAGGAAGACAUUUUAUAUCAAUGGCGGCAGCGGCGGAAGCUUGAGCAGGCUCGAGGAGCUGAGGGUGAUGGAACCUGGGUGUUGCCUCGGACCCCAGCCCUCACCACUCAGACUCCUCCUGCCCCUGCAGUGAAUCUUGGUUCUCUGGGGACCCAGCCUAACUGUGCUCCACCAUGGGGCAAUGUGGCCCAGCCUCCUCCCCCACAGGCCUUCUAUGUGGAGAGGCCUCCUCUUCCGGGGCCCUCUCCACACAUCUGGACCCCCAGCCCUCACGGGUUCCUCUGGGCCCCACAGGCCAAUCCGUGGGUAUCUCUCGGGAUGGUUCCUACCACACUGCUAGCCUCUCCCGCUGCUCCGGUGGCCUCCUUCCCAGCACCCGCUACUGCCACUCCAGCUGCCCCAGCCCCCAUCCCUACUCCCCAAGUCUCCAUCCCAGUGCCCCCAGCGUCCACUCCACCUCCCUGGGCUUCCACCCUUCCACUACAGGACACCCCUCAGGAGCCAACUACCACUGAGCUGAGUAGUUCUGCCCAGCCCAAGAAACUCAAACCUCGGAGGGCCAGCGCUUCAUCGCGCCGGGAGACAGCUCAGCCAGACACUGCAACAGCUUUCGAGAGUCCCUGUUUGCAGCUCAGGGGUGCCCUGGGUCAGGUAGUGACAGCUCGGCUGUUCCCAGACAGUCUGGACGACACGGCCCCUAGCUUAGAGAGCCCAUCUCCACCUGAGCCAGAAUCUCAGGAAGUCAGGCCCACACCCCCUCAAGCCAAGGGUCUGCCCCCUCCAUUGGAGUCUCAGCGUGGGUCCAAGACAGAGUCCCGCAAAGACGCGGCCGCAUCCUUCACGGGCCGGCCAGUGCUUCGGAAAAGUAAAGUCACCCUCUCAACGGAAGCUAGGGAUCCACAGCCGGCUACAACCCCAAAGGCAUCCAGAAGACUGGAGAAGGUCCAGUUGCCUGAUUUUAAGGCGGGAGCUGGUGAUGCCUUGACCCCUGCCCCAGCUGCUUCAGGCCACGCCCCCUCCGAGGACUUGCUAUCUCAGGCCACCCGACUUCUGCAGGCUGCGGAAGACUCUGAUGGCAGCGAGUUUCAGGAAGACCCUGUGUUGCGGGUGCUAAGAGCUCAGAGGGCGGAGCUCCGGCAGCAGAAAAGGAAAGUGGAUGCCCAAUUAUCUCUUCUUUUGGACCACACUGAAGACCCAGGAUCUUCCUCUCCACCAACCAGCCCACCUCCCAGGUCCCCAAGAAUGCGAUUGAGGAGAGAAGGAGGCUCCCUUGAAGCCAGGCGACUUUAAUUGUAAAAAUUCCGUUUUUCCUGGGCUGGAGAGAUAAUGUACUUGCAAGUGUGAAGGCCCGAAUUUAGAUCUCCAGAACCCACAUAAAGAAAACUGACCGGCCAACUGGCCCACCGAGACUGGGUCUCAAACAAGGUGGAAGCUGACAACCUGUAUUCAGAAUCCUUUGACCUCCUCCGUACACGAGCUGUGGGGGACACACACACACACACAUACUAAGAAUAAAGUUGUCUCCAGUUAACAUUU